AGAGAAACUGCUAAAAUGAUAAUGGUGCAACAUUUGGUGGCCGCCACGGCGCACAAUUUUGCGACGGCGGCGAUCUCCUCCUCCUCAUCAUCUAUCUCCAGCUCCAGUUCCAGCUCGAGCUCAUCAUCAUCAUCGUCAUCGUCGUUAUCAUCGUCGUCAUCGUCAUCAUUAUCAACAUCCUCGCUGUUGUCGCUCUCAUCCGCCUGCUCCACAUCGUCCUCGGCUUCGGCGUCGGCCUCUCCGGCGGCAUCGCCAACAGCGGCAGCAUGUGCCACGCCCACGCCAACACCAACGCCCACGCCAGUUGAUUCGCCGACAUCACCAGCAACCGGCAAGGAUGCCGAGGACGAAGAUGCCACAACGGCAACAGCAGCAGCAACAACAACGACAACAACAGCAACAACAAAACCAACAACAACAACUGCAACUGCAACAGCAAUCGAAGGUGCCAUAGUUGAAGUCGAAGAUGCAACCAAGUCAGAGGAGCAGCAGCAGCAACAAAGUCCCAGACCGGCACCCUGUAUAAGUCCAGCUGCAAAAGCAGGCGAAGAUGAGCCACAAAGCGACAGAGAAAAAAUGGAGGAGAAAGGCAAGGAAGAGUUGAAGGAGGAGGAGCCAGAGGUUGAGGAGGUGGAGGAGGAUUCGGAGAGCAUUGCAACAGAUUGCCGCGAGUUCAAAGUGCUCUACAAUCACCUGCGACAGCAGCAACAUCAGCAGCAACAGCAACCUCCACAGCAGCUGCAACAAUCCGAGCCAGAUAAAACCCGCAGCACCCUCGACGAUGUCUCCAAGAUACUUUGGGAGCGCAAGCAGCAAUUGCAGCGCAGCAGCGUCAUCACCAGCAGCAACGAGUUGCAACAACAGCAGCAUCAGCAACAGCAACAGAUGAGCGACAUUGAGGACGAGGAGACGCUCGAGGAGGAUGUCGAUGCGGACAUCGAGGCGGAUGCCGACGAUGAGGAACUGCUCGAGUUGCAAUAUCAAAACGGUUACGACUCCCCACUCGAUCUCUCGCUGAAUAGCUGUGCAACAGCAGCAACUGCCGCCGCCUCAGCAGCAGGCGGACCAGGGGUUGGUGCAACGGGCAGCAGUCGGCGACGUGGACACAGCUCCUACUCCGGCUCGGAAUCCGAUGAGGAUUCGGCGACGCAAUGCGAACGGGCGAGAAUGCGACUGAAGCCGGCGGAACGCUCGGCGGCCUACAAGAAGAGCUUAAUGAAGCGCUACUAUACUGAAAUUCCUAUUGUCAAACAAUCAACCAGUCCGUCACCUCACCAGCAACAGCAACAGCAACAGCAGCACCAACAACUGCAACAGCACCUGCAGCAGAAUCAACAACAACAACAGCAACAACAACAGCAGCAGCAACAACAGCAGCAGCAACAGCAACAAUCUUUUGGCGGUGCCACAACUCUGUUGCACAUCAAGACCGAACAGAAUGCGCUCUUAACGCCACUGCAGCAGAAUCAGCAGCAACAACAGCAGCAACAACAACACAGCAACAAUGUGCAUCAACAGCAGCAGCAGCAGCAGCAACAACCUUUGGCCAUACCACAUCGGCCAUUACUGCAUAAUUUACUCAGCGGCGGCGCAAUUCACAAUCCACAUCACAGAAACUACACGACGGCCACAACAGGUUCAUUUCCGCCCAGUCCGGCGGAUAGCGGUGUGUCCGAUGUAGACAGCUCCAGUUCCGGCGGCCAGCCAUGCGCCGACGAAUUGAAGGCACGCCUGGGCAUGCCCACAUCUGCCACAACAACUGCUGCAGCUGGCGCCGUCGGAUCAGGAUCAGGCGCAGCAGCAUCGGCAGCAUCGGUUGCGGCUGCAGCAGCAGCGGCCACCCACUCAGCGGCGGCAGCAGCAGCGGCGGCGGCAGCGGCACACCUGCACACGGGCACAUUUCUGCAUCCGAAUUUAUAUCAGAAUAAUGCGGCGAAUUCGUUGCGGAACAUAUGGAAUCGCAGUGUUGGGGUGCCCGACAAUUACUAUGGCAACAGCGGGUCUGGCGGCGUUAAUCCUGUCACGCCUGGCGCUCCCAGCUAUCUGACAACGUCCUACUUCAAUGCGCCAACGUCGGCGUCCUCACAGCGAAAUUCAGGUGCCAACAAUGGCUUUGGCACCCAUCAGCAUCAUUCCCUGCAACAUCAGCAGCAGCAGCAGCAGCAGCAGCAUGCGCCGCAGCAGCAACAAUUGUCACACCACCAGCAACAGUUGCACCUCCAGCAGCAGCAGCAGCAGCAACAGCAGCAACAGCAGCAGCAACAACAGCAUCCGCAGUCGCAACUGCCGCAUCAGUUGCAUGCCACAGGACAGCAUACGCAUUCCACAAUUGCCAAUGCGGCAGCAGCGGCGGCAGCAGCAGCUGCAGCAGCCGCAUCUGUUGUCAGCAGCAGCAGCGCUGUGGCAGCGGCCACAAUGCUCAGUUCCGGCGGCGGUGGCACGCAGAGCGUUAUACAGCAGCCGGCAACGUCGAGCAGCGUUAACUAUGAUCUCUCUUAUAUGCUGGAGCUGGGCGGCUUUCAGCAGCGCAAGGCGAAAAAGCCACGCAAACCCAAACUGGAGAUGGGCGUCAAGCGGCGCAGCCGGGAGGGAUCCACCACAUAUCUGUGGGAAUUCCUGCUCAAGCUGUUGCAGGAUCGCGAGUAUUGUCCGCGCUUCAUCAAGUGGACGAACCGUGAGAAGGGCGUCUUCAAGCUGGUCGACUCCAAGGCGGUCUCUCGCCUGUGGGGCAUGCACAAGAAUAAGCCCGACAUGAACUAUGAGACAAUGGGCCGUGCCCUGAGAUAUUAUUAUCAGCGUGGCAUCCUCGCCAAGGUGGAUGGUCAGCGGCUGGUCUAUCAGUUUGUCGAUGUGCCCAAGGAUAUUGUUGAGAUCGAUUGCAAUGGCGUAUGAGAGUGAGAUAGCAGCAAAUCGAAAGAGAGCGAGUGAGACAGAGAGAGAAAGGGAGAGAGAGAGAGAGAGAGAGCAUGUAAAUAGGACGUGUAACCUUACAGAAUCGGAAAUGGAAUCGGUGGCAAUAGAAUUGGGAGCUGAAACCGGCUAGCGGCAAUAGUAGAAAUAUAUACAUAUAUAUAGAGAAGCAUCCAAACUAUAUACAUACACCC